AUGCCGGGAGGGAGUAAAAAUUUGCGUCCAACGCUACGACGACGUUCAGCUACCGCUGCAUUGGAAGAUGUUGAUGUGCCAUCAGAAGAUGUUGAUGUGGGAGGCGGAAUAGGUGAUAACGAGGUUCAUGAGCUGGUCGAUGUUGAGGGUGAUGCAGCGCCUAACUUCUCUCAGGGAACAACACCAACAACGAGUAAAAUCAAACUUUGUAAAAGGCAAGUAAUAUCUACUAAUUAG